CAAAUAACUCCACAACUCAACUUUGGCAAUUGCGCCCAUACCACCAAAGUAAUAUCACCAUGUCAUCACGUGCACUCAGACGAGCGCAGAAGGAGCAUGAAGAGAAGGAACUGCAGGAAAAGCUCGCCAGCCUGGAACAGGGCAGUGAAGAGUCAGAAGAGGAAGUUGCGCCUCAGCCGCGAACAAAACCAAGUCUGUUCGCCAUGUUAGGAGAUGCAGGCGACGACAACGAAGACGACGAGGAAGUCGACGAGGAGCAAGAUGCACCUGCGCCUGAAACCAUUAUUGAGAGCACACCUGCUGCUAAUCUCUCCAGGAAGAGCAAAAAGAAGAAAAAGAAGGGCAAGAACAAGACCAAGACGGAUGCUCCACAGAAAGAAGCUACAGACACUGGACUUGAUGAAAUAGACCAAGCCCUCCUUGCGCUCAAGGUCACAUCUGGUGGGAAAAAGGGCAGUGACGAGCCCCUGCAACCCGCCGUCAGCGAAGAAACACAGCAGCUCUUCUCUGCCCUUAGUAUAGACACCACUCACCUCCACGCUACCAACGAGAUGAAGAAGCUUUUCGGAAGGACUGCACUGCAGCAUGCCGGCGACGACGAGCCCCGCCAGCGAGGGCCCCAAGGCAUUGCUGCCCGUGUAGCUGGGCGCAACCAGCCUGGCUCGCGCCUCACUGGCCUUAGUCUACGGCGCAACAUCUUCAUCCAAGGCAAGGAAGAAUGGCCGCGCGCAACGUCUGGCGGGCUGGGCAUGGAAAUCGUGGCGAAGUACGACGACGGGACAGUUGAGUACCGCUUCGUGCACAACACUUCCUACCAAGAAACGCAGCGCCAGUUCCACAAAUGCGUUGCAAGCUACGAUCCUGAGCGCAUGAUACAGCUUCUUCAAAUACACCCAUAUCACAUCUCCACGCUGCUUCAAGUCUCCGAAAUCGCAAAGCAACAGCGCGACAACGCGUCUGCCUCCGACCUGCUCGAACGCGGCCUCUUCGCCUUCGGGCGCAGUGUGCACUCUACGUUCUCUUCAUCCCUCUCCGCUGGUAAAGCACGCCUAUCGUUUUCCCGCCCGGAAAACAGAGAAUUCUUCCUCGCCAUCUGGCGCUACAUCGCCACACUAUGCGUCCGUGCAACCUUCCGCACCGCAUUCGAGUGGGCCCGUUUGAUGCUUUCGCUCUCACCUGAAGAAGACCCAUACUGCAUGCGCCUCCUGGUGGACCAAUUGGCACUUCGCGGCCGCUCCCCCGAAUCCCUGGUCGCAAUCGCAGAAUCGGAUGUGCUCGAGCGCUCGUGGAAAGUCCCGCCGAACAUCGCCUUCUCUGUGUCCCUCGCACACCUGCGCCUCAAAGAACCUGUCAAGGCGCGCAGCACCCUCAAGAACGCCGUCCGCGAAUAUCCCUGGCUCGCCGCACGCCUGUGCAAAGAGCUCGAUAUUACGCCCAUCCCGAAGCCCAUAUGGGGCAAGGAGCCCACGGACGACCUCCAGGAGCUGCUGUGCAGAAUGUACGUCCCGCGUGCAAAGGACCUAUGGAACACAACCGAGGGCACUUCGCUGCUCGUCGAGAUCAGCUACAGUUUCGAAGAGCCCCUGGGCGACGGCGCGAACCCGUACUGGCUUGCGCCCAUAGACGAGCUCGAUCUCGCGCGUCACGUUAUCCUGACAGAUGACCAGAGCCUUAUCUCCCUGCUCGAUGUCGCCGUCAAGGAGAAGUACACGUCUGUCUCCGAUCCGCUGCCGCCGGCGAACAACACGCCCUCGUACGACAUCGCGGCUGCAGGGGGGGCGCGCGGCCAGGGUGCGCCAGGGGACCGUAAUGCGCUGCUUGCGGAUUUGGAGAGGCUGCAGCGCUACUUCCAGAACAUUGACAUCGAAGGACUUGUGAAUGGGGGGCUGGCGGAGGGGAACCUUGUCAGGGCGCUGGCAGAGAAUGGGAGCAAUCUGGAAGAGUUUCGGCAGAUUACUGAGAGGUUUCAGGUUGUGAGAGCGGCGCUCCUGGAUGCUGGUGAGAACGAGGACGAGGAAGACGGGUCGGAUGAAUAGUUGAACAUUGGACCCGUACAGGAGGGUAGCUCGUAGCUGUUCUGUAACGGCCGAAAUCUCAAUGGAUACCCGUGAGCUAACAGCCGGAGGAACUACCACCCUGUAUAAAUGGUGCACAGACAAUCAAACUACAGGUCAAUUAAAGGCA